AUGCGGUCGCCGGUGUACAAGGAGACUGUCGCCCACGACGCAGCGCAGAAGACUAACGAUGAGCAGCACGAGGAAACUGACGUGCUUGAUGGUGCGCCCGUCCCAAAGGAGAGCGCGGUUGCCGACGCCAAGAAGAGUGACGCCGACGCCGGUGCGAAGCUCAUGACGGUGGAAGAGAAAGCGAUGGGAUCCGUGCCGUGGGCGACAUACUUGGCGUACUUCCGCAGCUGUGGCGGCAUCAACACAGCGCUGGUCGUGCUGCUCAUCUUCUUCUUCACGGAGCUGCUGACCGUGUCGAGCAGUGUGUGGCUCUCCAUGUGGUCCACAAAGCACUUUGACAUGUCCGCCACGGCGUACCUCAAGGUAUACACGGUGCUGGUUCUGCUGGGGACCGUCACGGUGCCGCUGCGCUUUAGCAUUGCGUACACGGCGAUGCGGCGGGGCUCACGCAACCUCCACCGCCUCAUGCUGCGCUCUGUCUCUACUGGCACCAUGCAGUUCUUCGACACGACCCCGCUCGGUCGCAUUGUCAACCGCUUCUCACGCGACAUUGACCGUAUCGAUGAUGCUCUGCAGAUCACCUUCAUCUUCCUGUUGCAGGUGAUCUAUGGCAUAUUCUCAUCGAUCGGCGUGACGGUUGUUUCGCAGCCCUACGUUCUCGUUGCCAUUAUUCCAACGGGGUACGUGUACUACAGGCUGAUACUCUUUUACAACGCUUCCAACAGAGAGAUACGCCGCGUAGGCAGCACUGUCAAGGCCCCAAUGCUAUCGCUCCUCGGUGAGGUGCUCGUUGGCACCUCAACCAUCACAGCAUUUGGGCGCGUGUCCUCAAUUAUGAAGGAGUCGUUGCGUCGUAUCGAUCUUGUGUACGCGUCGUCAUUUAUCGAAAAUGCGACAAACCGUUGGCUGGGGGUCCGCGUGGAAUUCCUCAGCAAUUUGGUGGUUGUCAUCAUCGCCCUCGUGGGUGUCAUUGGGACGAUGGCGCAGUUAAGCACGCACAAUGUGGGUCUUGUCUCACUCAGCCUCACCAUGGCGCUGGCGUCCACACCACAGCUGAACUGGCUCGUGCGUAUGAUUGGCAGCACGGAGGCUGACAUGAACAGUGUCGAGCGCAUUCUCUACUACACCGAUCAUGUUGAUCGCGAGGACAUGCCUGAGAUCUCGGCGCUUGUGGACGAGCUAGAGAGCAAGGGACAACAGGCCAGCAAUGCCGCAACGACUGUGGUGAUUGAGGGCGGCGACAGCCACAACGGCAGCAGCGGUGAUGUGGCGCGGCGCCCCGAAGCAAAGGCGGGCUGGCUAGAGUUCCGCGCGGUGGAUAUGCGGUAUCGCGCGGGGCUGCCGCUGGUGCUGAACAAGGUCAGCUUCCGCAUCGAGCCGCAGCAGAAGGUGGGCAUCGUGGGCCGCACCGGAAGCGGCAAGUCGACGCUGCUGCUGACGUUCAUGCGGAUGGUGGACAUCAGCGGCGGCGAUAUCAUUGUGUCGGGGCGGCCGAUCCGCGCGUACGGGCUGCGCGAGCUGCGGCAGCUCUUCUCGAUGAUCCCGCAGGACCCGGUGCUCUUCGACGGCACGGUGCGCUCGAACCUCGACCCGUUCCUAGAGUCGACGCCGGAGGAGGUGUGGCACGCUCUGCAGUUGGUGGGGAUGCGCGAGCGCGUGGAGGCGGAGAGCGGCGGCAUCGACAGCCACGUGCAGGAGGGCGGGUCGAACUACAGCGUGGGCCAGCGGCAGCUGCUGUGCCUCGCACGCGCCUUGCUGAAGCGCGGCAGCAGCUUUAUCCUGAUGGACGAGGCCACCGCCAACAUUGACCACGCGCUCGACCGGCAGAUCCAGCACACGGUGAUGACCGCCUUCGCCUCGCACACCGUCAUCACCAUUGCACACCGCCUGCACACCGUCGCGGCGUACGACAAGAUCAUUGUGAUGGACCACGGCGUUGUCGCGGAGGUGGGCGCCCCGCGCGAGCUCGUGGCCAAUCCAUCGUCAAUGUUCCGCGCGAUGGUGCAGGCUCUCGGUCCCGCGGGGGAGGCGGAGUUCCGGGGCCUCGUCCUGUCACAAUAG